UUGGUGUAUCCCAGCCGCAAAAACCUUCCUUAUGAUUAUCUCCUCUCCUCUCAGAGUUUCUUUUCUCGUUCAGUAUCUUCCGGGCAAACAUCCACCCAACAGGCGAUGGUGGGGACGAUGGCGGCAACUCUAUCCUCUCCGUUCACUCCUCUUACCUCUCUUCUCGGACCCUCUUCCUCCAAGUCCACCAAGCUCCACCUCCAACCCUCCUGCUCCCGUUUCUCAUACCGGACCGCUGACCUCAAGUUGCUGUUACACGACGCCUUGGAUUCCUUGGGCAUCGACACGUCUCACGCCAGGGAGGCUAGGCAGGGGUUUUUGUCCCAAAUCGAGAAAUUCUCCGACAUGGAGAGGGAAACCAGCAUUAGCAUCAAUCGGCGCGUUGAUUUGGGGAAGACAGCUCUGUAUAUAGCCGCUGAGGACGAUUCUCUCAUAUCCCACUCCUCGGUUCCCUUGCCUGUGGAUGCCUUCAUUGAAAGAUUGGAUGAUCUCUCCAUGGGUUACUGCUCCACUUAUACCUCCUCCUUGUGCUCUUCGCCUCAGAAUUUCCUCCACAGCUUAGACAACUAUUUGUACGUGGACAAGGUUUUGACUCGUCGAUCAGGUUCAGCUCUCAUGCUGUCACUUAUCUACUCUGAAAUCCUGAAAAUGCUUCGUCUUUGGGGGCUCGUGGAUUUUGAUUGUGAGAUAUACUAUCCCUAUGAUUCCAAGGACCUUCCCAGAGGCUAUGAUAAAAAGAAGAGUAAGGAAUCGGAUCGGGUGCAUAUAUUGACAUCGCAAACUCUUUUGGAAGAGGUAUUGAGAAGCUUGAAGGAGGCGUUCUGGCCGUUUCAAUAUGAUGACACCAGGAGCUUAUUCUUGAGUGCUGCAAAUGCUGCCAAUUGCGUCGCUACGCCUAACGCUAUUGAAGACAGUGGCUUUCAGCUAGCAUCUGCAAAGGCUGCCCAGCACAGGUUAGAUCGUGGAGUUUGGACCAGUGUAACUUUUGGAGACAUGAGACGUGCGAUGUCUGGUACGUCUCUUGAAACAAUUUUUCUAUCCAUAUGGACAAGGCGCUUUCUCAUAAGGGAGUUUAUGUGGUUUGCAGCUUGUGAACGUCUAGUGCUCUUGGGAUCUGAUCCCAAAGAUCUAAGAGAUUAUAGCAUUCUUCUGUAUCAUUGUGGGUUCUAUGAUCACUCCCUUCAAUAUCUCACGUUGUUCGAGGAAAUAAAGGGAUCAGUGCAACAAAACCAAUCAUCCACUGGCAUGAGCAGAUUGGAAGAUGAUGCUACGGAGAAGUUGAUGAUGCGUCUUAACCUGAUCUUCAUGGAAGAAGGCUGGAGCGAGCCUUCACGUGUCAGGAAAUUUCUGGGAAACAAUUCUGAACCGUGGUAGCUAGUAAAGACUUGCAGCCACGGAUAUUGACAAAUAAAAAGUAAACACUUUGAGCAGUAACAAUGAAAAAAAGGUGGAUUAGAGGGCAUGCGCAAAACACGACAGAAGGGGUGCUAUGCUCUGCUCUGCUCUGAGAAAUCCUUGGUGAUUGCUUGCUUUUGAGAUUGCUAGCAACUCCGCGCCCUGCAUGUGGAAGUCAGUCAUCUCUUCGAUGAAAGCUCUUCCUUGAUAGGAAACUGCCCCCAUUUGAACUAGGGGUCGUUAGUUAUAUUGAUGUAUUAUAGUAUACCUGGUUUGAUUUCUGUGAUAGUUAUUGUAUUAUUUAAAUAUGUUAUAUUAUUUUUAGGCUCAAAUGUCACUUUUAUCCUUUCAUCUUAAUAUAAAAACGCUUAUCUCAGUUGGUAAUGAUUCAUUGACAAUCAUGG